AUGGGGAAGGGAGACACCUCAGAAAUAACAUCAGUUACCCCAGCCUAUCGCUCUAUCAUGGAAGAGUAUGGUUAUGAGGUGGGCAAGGUCAUUGGCCAUGGCUCCUAUGGAACAGUCUAUGAGGCUUACUACACAAAGCAGAAGGUCAUGGUGGCUGUCAAGAUCAUCUCAAAGAAGAAGGCCUCUGAUGACUAUCUUAACAAGUUCCUACCGCGUGAGAUACAGGUAAUGAAAGUCCUACGGCACAAGUACCUCAUCAACUUCUAUCAGGCCAUUGAGACCACAUCCCGAGUAUACAUCAUUUUAGAGCUGGCUCAGGGUGGUGAUGUCCUCGAAUGGAUCCAACGAUAUGGGGCCUGCUCUGAGACCCUUGCUGGCAAGUGGUUCUCCCAGAUGGCCUUGGGCAUCGCUUACCUGCACAGCAAGGGCAUCGUGCACCGGGACUUAAAGUUGGAGAACCUGUUGCUGGACAAGCGGGAGAAUGUGAAGAUAUCGGACUUUGGCUUCGCCAAGAUGGUGCCUUCUAGCCAGCCUGUGCGUAGUAGCCCUUCUUACCGCCAAAUGAACGACCUUUCCCACCUCAGCCAGACCUACUGUGGCAGCUUUGCUUAUGCCUGCCCGGAGAUCUUGCUGGGCUUGCCCUACAACCCUUUUCUGUCCGACACCUGGAGCAUGGGCGUCAUCCUCUACACUUUAGUGGUCGCACACCUGCCCUUUGAUGACACCAAUCUCAAGAAGCUGCUGAGAGAGACCCAGAAGGAGGUCACAUUCCCAUCUAACAUCAACAUCUCCCAGGAGUGCAAGAACCUGAUCUUCCAGAUGCUACGCCAAGCUACCAAGCGUGCCACCAUCCUGGAUGUCCUCAAGGACCCCUGGAUGCUCAAGUUCCAGUCUGAGCAACCCACGAAUGAGAUCAAGCUGCUCGAGGCGAUGUCUCAGCACGUCAGCAACACUAAUCGCCACCAAUCCUUGGAAAUCACAGCUUGA